GUGAUAAUAAAAAGUGCUUGGGUGCUUGUGCAAUAUGUGGUAUACCAAUUUAAAAAGUGGAUAUUAGCUGGUUUUUUGAGUCAUUACACCCAUAAGCAGUGCCUUUACAAUUAGGCACGGAAAGAAAGCCAACAGAAAUCAAUGAAGUAAAUAUUUUUAGGUAGAGCAAAAACUGCUACAUCCAAUAAAUAAUAAUAAAACUAACAAAGGUGUUUACCUACAUACAUACAUAUGUUGCGUAGCAAGCGACCAUAACGUCUCUAUAGUACGAAAUACUUUAAAUCGAUUAUAAAAAGUGUAAUUUUAUGAGAAACCCCAUAAGUGAGCUGUAUUAAUACAAAUAACUAUAAUGCAUUGCGACAAUACGAAAACAUCAUCAGAAAUCGAACAUGUCGACUGGAGCACUGGCACCGGUUCUGGCCAUCAUUACGCUAACGUCAGAUUUGGAUCGGGCAGUAGUCAGGCCUCUCAGAGCAGCGGCGAUAUUUGUCGUAUCUGCCAUUGUGAGAGCGAUCCACAGAAUCCCCUUUUGACGCCCUGCUAUUGUGCGGGUAGCUUAAAAUACGUCCAUCAAGCGUGUCUCCAGCAAUGGCUAACGGCAUCCGAAACGAAUGCAUGCGAAUUAUGCAAAUUUCCAUUUAUAAUGCACACAAAAAUCAAACCAUUCAAUGAGUGGCGCAGUCUUGACAUUUCUGGCAUCGAGCGAAGACGUCUCUGUUGUUCGGUAUUAUUUCAUUGCGCUGCCGCUUUAUGCGUUAUAUGGUCGCUUUGUGUGCUAAUCGAACGUGCAGCGGAUGAUGUGAAGCGUGGACUGAUUGAUUGGCCCUUCUGGACGAAACUGGCCGUGGUAACAGUGGGACUCACAGGUGGCGUGGUCUUCAUGUAUAUCCAAUGCAAAGCUUAUUUGCAUCUAUGCCAUCGUUGGAAGGCCAGAAACAGAAUACUGCUCAUACAAAAUGCGCCUGAGAAAGUGCACGCCAUGUCGCCACCAUCACCCGCUGUCCAACAUCGCACGCAUCACGAGGGUUCCUGUGAGCCGCAUCCCUCCAGCAUUAAUGCGCCCACCACCGCAGGUGAUGGUCCGAAUGUUGAAAUCGUUGCCAAUGGCGCUUCGGCCUCGAAUGGUUAUAACUAUGUCUCCACUGCUGGUGGCAAUGGCAGUAUUUCCGGCAGUUUGGAUAUAGAAGGUGCAGCAACACUACACCAACACCCACUGCAUCAUUAUAUUCUUCCAACCGAACAGCAUCGUUUGCAACAGAGCGGUGGCGACACCGAUUCGGAUGUUUUGCCGACCACACAUCACCAUAGUCAUUUGACGCCGCAACAGCAGGUGGGACAAGUCGCUGUGGCGGCAAAUAUUGAAUGUGCACAAUUGCAAAGCAAUUACGAACGUGAUUGGGCACUGGACGAUGUGGUUUCACAGAUCUCAUCAUUCCGUCCUUGUCCACAAGGUUCGGGUAGCAUGACACCAUUUCACGAUUCAAUACACAAUGUACUCGAGCAUUCGGAGAAUUCGAGUCGCGGUUCGGUCAAUGAUGUUUGCGGCGGUUCACGUCAAGAUCUCAGCACUGGCGGCAUUUCAACGGAUACGGGACGUGAGCAUGCACUGCAAUUGAGUAGUUUUAGUGGUAGUGGCGAUCAAAAAGCACCCUCCAUCAGUUCAGGUGUUUCCAAUGCGGUGGCCAAUGGUUUAGGCGGAUUCGCCUACAAGCCACACACCAAACGUUAUUCAAACUCCUCGAUAUUCGUAGAGAACCGCGACAUACUCAACGACUCGAUGGGUUUGAGCAUGGAAUCAUCGGUGGAUUAUCCCGCCACAGAGAGUUAUCGACAUGCGAACACAUUAACGCCGCCCAGUGCAGCGGAUGUCGAGGCUGAGAGUGAACAGCUGGAUAAAUUUCUAACGAAAGACUUACGUCGCUAUUCGGACACAAAACUGGUGAUCGGACCGGACACCGAACCGAUGUUGGGCGCUGAAGUAAAUGACGUCUUACUGCCAUCAGCAGUGCCCAUAGAACCGACGUACCCGGUAAGAACCACAGUACCGGCAGGUGGCAAUAAACGUGUGCGUCAACUGUUAAAACAACAUUCGGCCAAUGCGACCGAUACAAUACUGGAUAUGGAGCUGCCCACGUCACCGUUGUCGCCACCCGCCGCCUAUGCGGUGAAUGUAAGCAUGCCAACGACGCGUCAGACACAAGCAGCCUUGCGGCGUUCAUUGCACACAGUCGAUGAGUUGGGUGCGUGCGAAAAUGCACAGGAUUUGCUGCGAAGUAGAGCCAUACCCAGCACGGCUGCAGCGACGAGUAUGGGCGCGUCAAGACGACAGUCGACGUCGAAACCAAUGUUUAAAUCGUUGCCAAAUUUGAGUGGCAGUUGUGAGAAUCUGCUUAGAAAAUGAGCAAACACUGCGUGUUCUGCGGGACUUCAGCGAGUCCACAGUACUUUUGAAAUGUAGUGUAUGCAUCUAACUACCUACCUAUAUAUGGAGAUGGAACUAAAUGUACUGAGUUGACGCUCUCUAAGUGGUUUUGUGCGCGCACAUAACUGUAUUUUAUUAUUAUUUUAAAUUUUAUCUUAGUUUCUUGUGCGUGCGACGAGUAAGGUUUACUUGCGUCCAAUAUUUAUUCACGCUUAAUGUGUUUUGUUUUUGGUUUUCGUUAAUUUUAAGUGGACCUACACUAUACUUGAAUGAGACUUUUUUGCAUAUUCGCUUGUGUUGGCGUAAGUCUGAAUUAUUAAACACAGCGUUUAGACUGUUCGUUAUAAAUAUGUAAGCUGCAGUAAGAAAAGAAAUACAGAAAAAUAUUUUAAAUGUGAAGUUUGAAGUUAAACUGUUUAUAAUUUUUAUUUUUUGUAGUUGAACGCAUAAAGUGGGACAAAUCUAAUAUUUGUUAAAUAAAAAUUUAAUUACAAAAAAUUUUUGUGGAUCAUAAAAAAUAUUUAUAUACUGUAGUUAAGUCAAGGAAAUAGUCUUUUUAUGAAUUAACAAUAUUUUGGUAUCUAGACAUAUAGCAUAUGUAUGAAAGUUCCAAAAUUUUUCGCAUCGCAUUAAUGAUUUAUUUUUAAUAACUGUAUAUAUUAGACAACUUUCUAAAUUAUUUUGCUGUAUUUAACAUGUAGUAAAGAUUUAAGCUUAAUUAUGCACAUACAUAUAUGUAUUUGUGGCAAUUUGAUAAAACAUCUAAUCUCGACUUGGCCUAUUUAUGCUCUCAAGCUGUUUUUGAAAAUAUUCCAAUACAAUUUUCAACUACUUAACUAAGAAAAUCUUACGUUUACAAAACCAUCUGCUUAAAGAAUUAUUUAAAAUAUUUUAUUUGUUUACGAAAGAUCAAGCAAAAGAAAAUCGCUUAAGUCUAAUAAGUUGUUUUGUCAAAAGUCCGCAGAUUCAUAAACAAAUUUUUUGAAAAAAACUUGAAAACUGUGCCAAAUCUUGUUAAAUCUAUUAAUAUCUCAGAGGAUCAGCAGAUUUUUACUUUUCAAUAGUAAAUUAAAUUUAAUAAGAAAUUAAAAAAAAAAAUAUUAAUUUAAAACAAAAAUGUUAACAAAUAUUGGAUUUGUUCUGAUGCUGUCGAUAAUUUCACAACUCAAAAAGCAUAAAGCAUAACACAAACCCACAAACAACAUCGUUCAAAGCAGAAGCAACAACAUUACAACAUUGAAAAAAUAUAUUUCUUACAGCAUUUACUUUUGAAAUCUCGUUCACACACUUUUAAGAAAAGAUAAACAAAAAAAAUUGUCAUUGCGUUAAAAAAGUAAUGAGAUUUUGGAAUUAAAAAAGUCAUUGCAUUAAAAAAGUGAUGAGAUUUUGAAAAGUUAAUGCUUAAUAAAAACUGUGAUUAAACAAUUUGUCAUUUUUAGACUUUUUUGCGAAUCGAACAUACAUACAUACAUUUACACACACACACAAGUUUGUGAAAAGCACACAUAUGUAUUUAACUAAAUAUUUUUUUGUUUUUAAAAUAUCAAUAUUUUUUUAACUGUAAAUGGCAAGCAAACGUUGAAAAUCAUUAGUAAAACGUUUCACAGUACAACAGUACAGCAGAGCGCUGAGUCAAUAAACAGCUUACUUAAUCCAUAUGUUUAUUAUGUGGAUAUGAAAAGUACGAAAUACAUGCAUACAUACAUACAUAUAUAAAAACUUACAAACUGAAAAUGAAAAGUGAAAACCAUAUGAAAUCUUAGAAAGAAAAAUAAAUAUUUUUCUAUAAAUAAAUAAACCGUUAUUUUAGAAUUGCGCUUUAAAAACGCUUGUUUUUAACUAGUACAUGUUUCGAAUUUAUAAAUCGCCUGUUCAAUAAAUAACCUUUUCAAAUUGCCAAUUUCUUCCUCUUCUCCUAUUUAAUGCGCCUGCCUCGUGUUAUAAAUACUUCUACUACUACUACAUUAUAGCUUAUUUACUUAAUUAUAUAAAUAUACUUAUAUAUGUAUGAACUUCUUUGUUUUUUUUUUUUUUUUGUUUUCAUUUCCGAUUUAUGUACAGUAUGUAUACAAAUACUAGUAUAAAAUCAUAAGCAAAUGGAAUUUUGUAAUUAAUUUAAUUGAUAAUUACAUUACAUUUAUUACAAUUAAGUAUGUAUAUGAAUCGCAUACGAUGGAAAACUAUGUAAAAUUAUUAUAUAUCUAUAUUAAUGUAAUUUUAAAGCAAAAAAUUUUAAAACAUUUUUUGUGGAAAAUAAAAAAAUGAGAAACUUAAUUACAAGUAAA